GGCUUAUUAUCGUCAGCCUUUUCCCCCAUUCCAUCUUAAAACCUCGAUUAUAAGACCUCGUCGACGACUUGCAGAAAGUUCGCCAUUUGACGCGCACUCGAACUAGCAAUGCGUCCGGCGAAGUAGUUAGUCAAUCCGACAGCGAAGACCGAGCGAACCAAUCAGACAAAAAACGAAAAAAAAAUCCUCUCUUGACUCGCAAAUCACGGGCCGUAGACGAGGCGGAUGAUUCGCACGACGGCGAUGCUCAGUUCCUGUCUGCGUCCGUCUUCCGCCCUCCAUCCCUCCUUUUUCUAGAUCCAUAAAACAGAUUAAAUCGGUACGAAUAAGUUCCUAGUGCGACCGCAAUCGGUCUGAGUCGUUUCAAUCCCUUCUUUUCUACUUGAGGAUCUUUGUCUGCUUGAUGCGGCGGUUAUCGUCUUUCAAAUCAGCAUUAGGGUAUCGGAAUUGAGGACUACUCAAUUUCGAGUUUGCUGAAAUAUCAGUCUUCCGUAGAAGGAUCUGAUUACGCGAGAAAGUAUGGUAAAGAAGAUGGGAGGUGUAGAAAAAAUGGAUUUUGAGCUUAAUGAAGUAGGAUUUGAUGGUUCACCUCCUUCUGUGGCAAAGAUGCAGUUAUUUGAGCAUAUUGGGCCACUGGCUGCUGCAGCACAGUCGUAUAGCCCCAAGAGAGCUUGUAAUAGGCUAUUGAUGAGCAUCUAUAUUGUCAUAUUCAAGGCGAGAAUCAACGUUUUACUGCCUUUUGGGCCUUUUGCAGUGAUUCUCCAUUAUCUUACAGGAAAACAUGGAUGGGUUUUCUUUUUCAGCCUUGUUGGUAUAAUACCUUUAGCAGAGCGAUUGGGUUAUGCGACCGAGCAGCUAGCAUACUAUAUUGGGCCCACAAUUGGAGGUCUUUUAAAUGCUACUUUUGGGAAUGCGACUGAAAUGAUCAUAUCAAUUUAUGCUUUAAAAAAUGGGAUGAUCCGUGUUGUUCAACAAUCUUUACUGGGAUCUAUAUUAUCGAACAUGCUCUUAGUUUUAGGUUGUGCUUUUUUAAGCGGCGGGAUUGUGCAUUCUGACAAAGAUCAGGUUUUCAACAAGGCUUCUGCUGUGGUAAACUCAGGGCUACUGCUGAUGGCUGUGAUGGGUUUAAUGUUUCCAGCAGUCCUUCAUUUUACACACUCAGAGGUUCAAUAUGGAAAAUCUGAAGUUUCUCUUUCAAGAUUCAGUAGUUGUGUGAUGCUAGUAGCAUAUGCUGGCUAUCUUUUUUUUCAACUCAAGGGUCAUCACAACAUUUAUCGACCAGUUGAUGAGGAAGAACAGCAGAACGAUGAUGUUGAAUCUGAUGAAGAGGAUGCACCUGAGAUAACUGCGUGGGAAUCAAUAGCAUGGCUUACUGUUUUGACUGCUUGGGUUUCUGUUCUUUCUGGAUACCUUGUUGAUGCCAUAGAGGGCGCUUCUGAAGCAAUGAGCAUGCCGGUGGCGUUUAUCAGCGUCAUUUUGCUUCCUAUUGUAGGAAAUGCUGCCGAGCAUGCAAGUGCCAUAAUGUUUGCCAUGAAGGACAAACUUGAUAUCACGUUGGGAGUUGCAAUUGGAUCAUCUACUCAGAUAUCAAUGUUCCUGAUUCCUUUCUGCGUGGUAAUUGGUUGGAUCAUGGGAAAGGAGAUGGACUUGAACUUUCAGUUAUUUGAGACUGCUAGUCUGUUCAUCACAGUACUUGUGGUCGCUUUUAUGCUGCAGGAAGGUACCGCCAACUACUUCAAGGGGCUGAUGCUUAUUCUAUGCUAUCUUAUUGUUGCUGCCAGUUUCUUUGAGCAUAUUGAUCCUAAUUUCAAUAACAAUUAGAAUUCAAACACCAAUGCAUCGUCCAGUUUCACCACAGCAAUGUUUUGAUGCGCGGAACUAAAUUCUAAGGGAGUUUAUCAGCUCAGAUUUCAGCUCCCUGUAAAAGAAAUUAUACUGCACAGUUCUGCGAACUACUUUUUACACAAUUUUGUUGGGAGCUGCUUUUGGUAAUUUAUUUACAGCAAAGUGAUCUUUUUUACAUGUUAGAGUUAAGAAUUGUUCAGGUGAUUAAGGUCAAUAUUAAGAGUGUUGUGUUGUUGAGAAACAUUAAGAAUAUUAAUUAUGCAAGCUACAAAUUUGCCUGUUUGUCUACACCUUGUAUAUGUAAUAUGGCAUCUUGGUUGCGGAAGAAUGUUGUAGUCAUGAACAUAAACUCUUCAAUGAUGUAAAACAUAAAUAUGGAAAUACAACCAGUGCCUGCAGGAUGCAUGCC